GAUACGUAACGCCUACUUUUUUAAAAGACAUGCAGCACCACCCAUCAUAUUUAAGGGGUAUAUCUUAAAGCGCUCUCCAGGAUCUGUUUAAAAGCUUGUGGGAUAGCGCCGAUAACUGUAGGGAUAACAAUAACUUCACAAAAUUAAGCAUGAAAAAAAUUAGUUUAUCGUGGCUGUUCAUUGUUAUUUUGAAGCUAACUAACCAAGAAAUUAAAUCGGACACAAUUAUAUCAUUCCAAGAAGCUUAUGAAUUAUGUGAAAUCGAACCAAGUGCAGAUAUAUGCAACAUAUUAGAAAAUUCGUCACGUCUAAUAGAUUUAAAUUACUUGGAAAUGCCAGAAAAACGAAGACAGAAAACAGUAUUUUCUAGUUGGGGGGGAAAAAGACAGAAUACUUACCCAUAUUGGGGUAAACGUCCAGCGUUUUCAAGCUGGGGAGGGAAAAGAUCAAUGGACAAAAAUGUCAGGACAAAACAAACAUUUUCUAGUUGGGGUGGCAAACGAAAUGAAAUAGAUAGUUACAACGAACAACACCAAAUGGAAAAACGGGAGCUUAAUGAUUUUAAAAAUGAAGACAAAAAAAAUUAUCAAAACAAAGUAACCAAAGGAAUACAUGCAUUAUUUACCAUGUUUUCGGAUUGGUCAAAAGAGCCGGACAAAAAGAAAGAAUUUCGUUUUACUGGAGUAAAAGGUCUGAGAAGGAGUUCAGAUUUUUUUUCAUGGGGAGGAAAGCGGUCCAAUAUGAACAUUGAAUAAUUUAUUAAGCAUAGUUAAUUUAGGUUGGAAGAAUAUUUGUCUAACCUCAAUCUUAACAUAAGUGAUAAAAUAUUUAUUAAUGAUAUUGGAUUAUAAUAUAGUACAAUAUAAGCCAAAUUCAUUGCAGAUUGCUUCACACGACUGCAAAUAAAUUCUUAAUGUAUUUCUUAUUACAAAAAUAUUAUUUUUAUCAACAUCAUAGAUAUUAUUUACAAAAUUAUUUUAUGAAUAUCUACUAAUCAGUUAUAAAUAUACAGUUUU